AUGAAGUUUGACAAUCUGCUGGCAGAAGUUGAUGGCUUUGGGAAAUUCCAGUUACGGACGAUCCUGUUUUUGGUGAUUCCUCGAAUUACUUUGCCUUUUCACUUUCUGCUGAAUAAUUUCAUUGCGGCGAUCCCCUCUCACCACUGCGACAUCAGCCUUCUGGAUGAUGGGGAUAUUUUUAGCAAUUUAUCCCAGACUGAGAGGUUAAGGGUGAGUAUUCCAGCACAGGAGGAUGGGACGCAGAGCUCCUGUCAGAUGUUCGCAGAGCCGCAGUAUCAUCUGCUGCUUAACUCCUCCAACAUCACUGAGCUACCUAUGGUGCCGUGCAGUAAUGGAUGGGUGUACGACAACUCCAUCUUUAAGUCCACGCUGGCCACAGAUUGGGAUCUGGUUUGUGAUAACAAAAGAGUGAACAGAGCCACGGCUACUAUCUUCUUCAUAGGGGUCAUGCUUGGAGCAGCAGCGUUUGGAUAUCUCAGUGACAGGUUUGGCAGGAGAAAAAUGCUCCUUGCAUCCAUCAUUUCAACCACCAUAUUUGGAUUUGCUAGCACUUUCUCGUAUAAUUUUGCCAUGUUUGCUGUCAUGAGGUUCUGCACUGGACUAGGAUUAUCUGGAAUAAGUAUAAUCACCAUUGUCCUUUGUAUUGAAUGGGUGGACAUUAAGCAUCGUACUCCAGUGGGGGUUUUAAUGAGCCUAGACUGGAGUUUAGGUACGGCCCUUUUGCCUGUUAUUGCUUAUUUUGUGACGGACUGGAGGUAUCUGACCGCCACAGUAACCGCCCCAUUGUUUCUGGCAAUGAUCAGCUGGUGGUGGAUCCCUGAAUCUGCCAGAUGGCUGAUAAGUAACGGGCAAGUGCAAAGAGCUCAUUUUUACUUGAGCAAGUGUGCAAAAAUGAAUGGCAGAGAGUCGUUCAUGGCUGAUCUGAAGCCAGAGGUUCUGUCCCAAGUUAUUCUGGUAGAGGAUGAUAAAAGAAAAUAUUCCUAUUUGGACCUCUUCAGGACCCCCAGGAUGAGGAGAGUGGCUAUACUUACUGGCAUUGUUUGGUUUGCAGUGACCUGUACGUAUUAUGGAAUCAGCCUGAACGUAGCUGGCUUUGGUGUGAACAUUUACCUCACACAGUUUAUCUACGGCAUAUCUGAAGUUCCUGCUAAACUCUUCAUCUUUCUCACUUUGAACAAACUUGGUCGACGUUUUAAUCAGGCGGGGACACUUUUCAUGACUGGACUGUGUAUCAUCUGCAACGUGUUUAUCCCUCCAGAUAAGGGGGCAUACAGGACAGCUGUGGGAGCUUUGGGCAAAAUGUUUGCAGAAUCAGCGUUCACCACUGUGUUUCUCUACACGACUGAGCUUUACCCCACUGUCAUGAGGCAGAAUGGACUGGGUUACUGCUCCUUCAUAGCUCGUUUUGGCGUGUCUGUUGCCCCACUCAUCAUGGUUCUUGAAGAGGUGUGGGGCCAUUUACCAAGUACUAUUUUUGCCCUGGUGGCUUUUGCUGGAGGGCUGUCAGCAUCUUUUCUUCCUGAGACGACCAACGUCCGUUUACCAGAGACUAUUGAGGAUGUGGAGCAGACAAGGCGAAGAUCUGUCUCCCCAUCUGAAGAGAAAUCUCCACUGUAA